UGAAAAAUUCAAUACUCUUCUUGAACUGUGUUGAAUCCUGGAGGACUCCAUUGAAUCCUAAAGUCCCUGCUGACUGCUUCAGAGGCAAAACAGAGGCAGGAAGAGGCACGGUUUUGCUUAUUUCUUCUGCAACUACAGAGCUUACAACCCAAGGUUACAACAUGCCUCGCUACAAGAAAGGUGGCUUCCGUCGUAGGUUCAAGAGACCUGCCAAGGGCACUCGUCACUAUGGAAGUCAAUCAUGCAAGUUGGCUGCUGCAAAUCCGUCUAUGGCCGUUGAUACAACAGAGGGGUCUCAGCGUCAGGAGGAAGCUUGUGAGAACCAUAAUGGAUAUUUUUUAGGAUUCAAUACCAACAGUUGGUCUCAACCCAUCAGAGUGCUUUCUCUAUUUGACGGAAUUAGUUCAGGACUCUUGGCGCUUGACUCUUUAGGAAUAAAAGUCAGUGAAUACUUCUCUGCUGAGAUUGACAAAGAUGCAAUUUCCAUUCAGAGAAAAAGAUUUUACGGCAGAAUCACAGAGAUUGGGGACGUAGAGGCCUGUACUGAGCUUGUAUUGGACCAAAUUGCACCUAUACAUCUUUUGAUUGGGGGUUCCCCAUGUAAUCAACUGUCAAGAGUCAAUCCUAAGAGGAAGCUAUUUGCCCCAGGCUCAAGUGGAAGGCUGUUCUUUACCUACGUUAAAAUUUUAAAUUACUUAAAAAAAAAGGCAAUAGAAAAUAAUCAUAAUUUUUUCUAUCUGUAUGAGAAUACAUCAAACUUGGACCGUUCUACCCUCCUCACAAUGACAAAGGCAUUCAAUGCAGAACCCCAGGUGGUAGAUGCUCUCAGCUUUGUUCCGAUGAGAAGGAAAAUGCUAUUCUGGCACAACUUAGGUAAAAGUAAUGUUGAUCUGGCUUCCAUGGAAAUUCCGCCACUGGAAGAUUUUCUAGAUCCAGGCCGAAUAGCUACUGUCAACAUGGUUUGUACCAUUACAACCAAUAAUGCAUCCCAAAAGAAGAAGGAUAAAUGUCCUGUUGUCAACUUUGAUGGGGAAGAAUGUACCUUAAAUGUUAAUGAACUGGAAAGAAUAUUUCAUUUAGGUGAGGGCUUUACAGAUAAUGGUAACUUGUCCAUUUCUAGACGGAGGAAGCUUAUUGGUAAAUCUUGGGUUGUUCCUGUCAUUGCUUGUCUAUUGAACCCUUUACUUAAGGUGCUACAAGUAUAAAUGUUAAAGAUGAGAAACAUUUUAAAAGGAA